GUACGCUUUUCCAAGUGAUAGAGGAGGGUUGUAUGGUGAGCAACAUCUCCCGAUCUUUGAUGUACCGCGGCUCUAAUGGGAUAUGAAAUUCACUGGCAAAUGUCGAAGGCGAGACACAGCACAUGACUUUGUGCCUCACGCAAGCCGUGAUUGAUCCUACAUUCCUCUUUGCUUUUUUUCUUUCAGUAAGCAUCACUCUGCCUUCGUUGUCGUGGUCAACGUUUCCUAUAUCCACACCAACUGUCCGUACACAUACUCCGACUUGGCUCAAUCCCAGGCCAAAUGAGCGCCAGUCUUGGCAUGGCCGACUAGUAUGCGGGGUAAGCCACACUAACUCAAUUUCUCUUCAGCUCAGGCCAUUUCCCACGGUUUGUCUGCAGAUUGCCUGCAUCGCAUCCCUUCCAGAUGGAUCCCCUGUCGAUAUCAUCCGGGGUGGCAGGGCUGAUUGGUUUAGCUCUGCAGGUAGCCCCAGUCCUCCAAUCUUACGUCUCGAACUUCAGGUCAGCACGCGAGGAUGUCCAAGCUUAUCUCGACGAAGUGGGGGCCCUGUCCCAGGUCUUGGAUCGGAUGUACACAUUCCUCGAUUCGUCCUGCAUGACAAGCGACCAAUUUCAGACGACUGAAGCUGUGCUUCUGCAAACAAUCAAAUCAUGCGAAAAGUCUCUGCUAGAGCUGAUUCGCAUGCUCCGAAAGCCGGUCGGUUUGACAAAGAAACUGCUAUGGCACCUCGAGAAGGAAAAGGUUGAAAGCAUCAUUGCGCGGGUCCGGCAAUGCAACCAGCUGUUCAAUUUCUCAUUGACCGUCGAAGGGUGGGUUCUUCUCUCGCAGACGCCCGCAGAGGUAACCACGAUCCUGCAGCUUCAAAUGCAGAUGUCGGAGAAGAUGCACAAAAUGGUUGAAGCAGCGUCGUUAUCGGUAGAAUCAGCCAAGCUGUACCAGGACAAGACAAAGGAAUUGGUGUCGUUGUUGGAGAAUGUGUCUAUAUUCGCGAAAGCAGUCGGGCAACUGUCGGAGAUCCAAGAGCGUGUGGAGGAAAUCAGUCGCGGCAUAACAGCUUCGGUGAUUAUCGUGAGCGUUCUCGAUCUUGGUCUGCUGCUAAGAAUCAGCUAAAUUGAGAAAGAGAGAACACGGAUGAUUGCAGCAUAUCUCAGUGUACCGUCGCUUCAGCCUACUCGCAAGGCUACCCAGGGCUAUAUCAUUGACGGCGCUAAUACGAGCGGCAGAUCGAGAUCCUCGAAUGGCUCGCGCGCGACCAAGG